GACAAUCCCAAUUCCCACUCACUGUGCACCGCACAGAUACACAGCCGGGCCUGGUGGUGCUUCGCAAGAAUGGUUUGUAGAGCAAUACCGUGUUCAUGGCAUUGAAUUCGACCAUAUCUGGGGAUGGGAGGCCAGCGGCCAACAGAUUGAUCUCAUGCAGGAUACCCCCGCUGAUAUUCUUGUGAAGUCGUCCUUUUUCGCGAUUCCUGUGACCCCUGAAGUUGGCAGCCUGCAUAACCCGCUGCAAUAUAUAAAGGCCAACUGUCGAGAAGAGGAUUUUGUGGUGUUCAAACUCGACAUUGACACACCAGCGGUCGAGACCGCACUCGCUUGGCAGCUGCUCGAUGCAGACAUAGCGCAUCUGAUCGACGAGUUCUACUUUGAAGACCAUGUAUCUGGCAGUCCAAUGUGUUUUAUGGGAUGGACCUGGGGAUGGAAGGAUCAUGAUCUGGCCACGAGUAUCAAGUAUUUCCAAGAUUUAAGGAAGUUGGGUAUCCGGGCGCAUUCGUGGGUAUAAGCUGCAACUUUAUAGUUUAUAAUAAGACACAUGCACGAGAAGCUCAGACUAUAUUGUGAAUUCUUUCAGAGUGUAUUUGCUGAUGCGGUGUUCCAUGCUAGUACAAUAUCUGAGAGAAAUAUAACCCUCAUCAUCCAGAUAGGACGGCUUGAUAUUCCUGUUUCGGUAAUUGCUUCAUAAGCAGUAUACAUUAAUAGCAAAAAAUGUAAG